AUGGCAGAUUUCUACCUGAAGAUUAUGAAGAGUGAGGAGUAUGAGGGUAAAGAGCAGGCGGAGAGGCAAGUGAUCGCUCAUGAGCAAGAACAAGCCGUCCACCAGGAGAGGCUCAAUAGCCAGAACCAGCCCGUCAGCGCAACCCUGCCUGUCACUUACCUACACCCUCUGAGCCAGCCGAAGACUUUCAGUACAUACACUCCGUCAAGCACGAAGUGUCAGAAGUGCCAGAACCAGCACAUCGGCCUCAAUCACCGUGGCGAACAGCAGAAGUCGUCGAUCUUACGCUGGGGCAAACUUGAGGACCAGGGCAGCGAGGAUGAAGAGAUCGAAGUCGAGCUGAGGAAGACGAAGCUUCAGAUGAAGGAGAUUGAGUUGGAGAAGAAGUUGCGGAAGAAGAGGAGGCAGGUUUGA